AUGGACAGACAAAUCAAAAAGGAAGUUGACUCCAGCGAUUUCAACAAAUCAUUGCAAACAUGUAUAGUGAAACAGGAACCUGUGGACGUUGACUCUGUUGGUGAACAAAAUGUAAAUUAUCACUAUCCCCAACAGAAUCUGAAUUAUUUCAAUGAAGACUACAACUAUCCAGAAAAAAAUGAGGAAAAAUGUGAGGGUAUCAAGGUGAAAGUAGAAGAUGAAGGGGAUUUAUGUAAAGUAAAACAAAUAAAAGAGGAGGGUGACCUCAAUUUUGAUGAAGAGGAUGCAAAUGCUGACUUCAAUAUUUAUGAAGAAGAUAUCAAAAACUUUGUUAAAGGUGUUAAAACAGAGCCCGCAUUAAAUGUGGAAGCUGAGGAUAUUAAACCUUCGUUUGGUCCUUCAGAUUNGGACUCUGAAUAUGAAAGCGGUGCUCCAGGACCCUCUAUAGAUCAUGUACAAAAACCGAGACAAAUUAUUGGAGUUAGGUUGAAUAAAGCGCCAAAAACUUCUGCAGAACGUGGGCGAGAAUUCAGAGCACGAAAAGCACUGCUUAAAAAACAAAUUAAACAACAACAGGAACCUGUAUCUUCUGAAAUAAGGAAAAUGGAAAAAAGAGCCAAAUCUGCAGAGGCAACACGGCGAUGGAGACAAAGAAAAAAAGGCGUUAGUAGUGAGUCAUCAAAAAAACAGGCGAAAACUGCAGCUCAACGCAUGCGAGAAUAUCGGGAGAGAAAAAAAUUAUCAAAGAAAAUACUGUUGAAGCAGCAAAGUGAUCAAGAUUUAGAUGCUAUAGUCAGCACAUCAUCAUCACAAGUAACUCAAAGGGCUGGUCCAUCAACAAUAAACAGCCUAUCCGCAGAGCUAACUAGAAGAGGGAAUUCACAAUCACAGCAACCACUUGAUACUUCAGAACCUGUUGCUUUACAGAAGAAGUAGAAAAGUAUCCGGAGCUGUUUUACGAGGAAAGUUUGUUGGCAGAAAAAUUCAAAGUCUGGAUCUGGUGGUGGAUCACGAAAAAGUGAAUAUCUUUUCUUUCAGCAGUUGCAUUUUUUGAAACCUGUGGAAGCAACUAAGGAAGCAGAGCACGUUGACGAUGGGGAAUCUGUGGAGAAUGUUGAAAAAGACAGAGAGGUGGUACAGUGACCUAAAAGGAAAAACAACAGAAGAUACUACUACUGUACAUGAGAAUGAUAAAUUCCUUGAAACUCUGAACGGAAGACGAAGAUAGGCUGUUUAUCUUUGAUGGGUGCACUAAAAAAAAGUACUUUCACAAAGAAAAAUGAUUACAAAAAUUAAAAUGUUGUCUUUACUUGACAAUGCCACCUGAAAUAUUGAGUUAACGGGCACUUAUGGACACCCGUAUCAGUGAAGCUCGUCACAGUCACACCAAGAAGAUAAUUCAAUCUAUACCCUGAAUAUUUUACUAGUCCUGGAGGUUCCGAAAUGCCACCUUCUGUUCAGUCACCCGUAUCAAAUUUAUCUAAUUAUUCCGAAGAAUCAUCUAUUCCUUACAUGUAAGAAUUUCAAUAAGGUCACUUAAUUCAACGGUUGUUUAAUGUGUAAUGUUUACUGUUUAAUGUAGUAACAAAACUAUAAAUAAAUGGUUCCUCACCUCAAUGUUA